CCAUGAUGGCGGUGAUGCGCGCGGGCGGAGCCUCAGCCUCCUGUCCUGUCAUCGCUCUGGGUGUGGUUUUGCAGUCGGGGGUACCGUUAGCAGGAAAUAAAGCUCCAGUCCAUUUUUACCAGGCCGAACAAAGAAAAAACACCCACCCGGCAGCGCAAAGCAGUGAAAGCAGCUUUUUGGAGAGAUACAAAACGCUUGAAAGGCCUCAGCGACGCGGGAGGUGUCAGACUGGCGCCGUUGUUCUGAUGGGAAAAAGUUUUCUCCCAGUAUCAUAACUGGUCCUCACUUUUACUAACUUUUCUAAACUUCAUUCGGACUGAAAAACGCAAAGAUGCCGAAGACGAUCAGUGUAAGAGUCACCACCAUGGAUGCUGAACUGGAGUUUGCCAUUCAGCCAAACACAACAGGAAAGCAACUCUUUGACCAAGUGGUUAAAACCAUUGGACUACGAGAAGUUUGGUAUUUUGGCCUCCAGUAUCAGGACACAAAGGGUUUCUCAACAUGGCUAAAGCUAAACAAAAAGGUGACAGCCCAGGAUGUGAGGAAGGAGAGCCCCCUGCUGUUCAAGUUUCGGGCUAAGUUCUUCCCUGAGGAUGUGUCUGAGGAGCUGAUCCAGGAUGCCACACAGAGACUGUUCUUUCUGCAGGUGAAGGAGGGAAUCCUCAAUGACGACAUAUACUGCCCCCCGGAGACCGCUGUGCUCCUGGCCUCAUAUGCAGUGCAGGCCAAGUACGCUGACUACAACAAGGAAGUUCACACCCCGGGAUACCUGUCCAGUGAGAAUCUACUCCCUCAGAGAGUACUGGACCAGCACAAACUUAACAAGGAACAGUGGGAAGAAAGGAUUCAAGUCUGGCAUGAGGAACACAAGGGCAUGCUAAGAGAGGAGUCCAUGAUGGAGUAUCUAAAGAUUGCUCAGGAUCUUGAGAUGUAUGGAGUGAACUAUUUCAGCAUCAAAAACAAGAAAGGAACAGAGCUGUGGCUGGGAGUGGACGCUUUGGGACUCAACAUUUAUGAACAGAAUGAUAAAAUGACACCAAAAAUCGGAUUUCCAUGGAGUGAAAUUAGGAACAUCUCCUUCAAUGACAAGAAGUUUGUAAUUAAACCAAUUGAUAAGAAGGCACCUGACUUUGUGUUUUACGCUCCAAGACUGCGUAUUAAUAAGCGCAUCCUGGCUUUGUGCAUGGGCAACCACGAGCUGUACAUGCGCCGCCGCAAACCUGACACCAUAGAAGUCCAACAGAUGAAGGCCCAGGCCAGAGAGGAGAAGAACCUCAAGAAAAUGGAGAGGGCUCUGCUUGAGAAUGAAAAACGAAAAAGAGAAGUUGCAGAAAAGGAAAAGGAAAAAAUCGAAAAGGAGAAGGAGGAGCUCAUGGAGAGGCUGAGACAGAUCGAGGAGCAGACCAGGAAGGCCCAGCAAGAGCUGGAGGAACAGACGCACAAGGCCCUGGAGCUGGAACAGGAGAGAAAGAGGGCUCAAGAGGAGGCUGAGCGACUGGAGACAGACCUGAGGAGGGCAGAGGAGGCCAAACUUACCCUCCUGCAACAGUCCGAAAACCAGAUGAAGAACCAAGAACACCUGGCGACAGAGUUAGCAGAUCUGACGUCAAAGAUCUCCCUCCUGGAAGAUGCAAAGAAGAAGAAGGAAGAGGAGGCUAGUGAGUGGCAACAAAAGGCCACACUGGUGCAGGAGGACCUGGAGAAGACCAAAGAAGAGCUGAAGAACAAAGUAUUGACCGCUCACGAGCCGAUCAAUGCGGAGAAUGACCAUGAUGAGAAUGACGAGAGCAGCGCUGAGGCCAGUGCAGAGUUCUCCUCAGCAGUCACCUACAAAGACCGCAGCGAAGAGGAGCGCAUGACUGAGGCUGAGAAGAACGAGAGGCUGCAGAAGCAUCUUCUGGCUUUGAGUUCAGAGUUGGCCAAUGCUCGAGAUGAGAGCAAGAAGACGGUGAAUGACAUGAUCCACGCAGAGAACGUGAAGGCGGGACGGGACAAGUACAAGACCCUCAGACAGAUCCGCUCCGGGAACACCAAGCAGCGCAUCGAUGAGUUUGAGUGCAUGUGAUGUGCACCUGCUCUGCCUGAACUGCAGUCCUGUCUCCUCCCCACAUAUCAGAUCAACAUGUGGCCACACAUCUCCACAGCAAUGUACAAAUAUGGAUCUGAGAUAUUCUGUUAUCAUUCCACUGUCUGAAGUUAGGCGAGUCACUGUUUGAAAAGGGACAUACUGUGUGUUAUUCCUAUUUUGGAGUAUGUGUUACAUUUUAGUGCUUGGCCUACACCAUUAUUUAAAAAAAACAUAAAACAAUUAAAACACAUUUGUUAAUCAAACCAAAUUAUUUCAAAAAGUGCGUUUCAAUUCUUCUGCUGUAAAUACUGAAUUUGACUGAACUUGCUGGAUAAACCAUUUAGGCACAUGUCCCAGCAUCAAACCUCAUUGCACUGUGCUAAUAUAAGACAUUGACCUAAAUACAGACGUACGACUGUGGAGAGGGCAAUAUAUUAGAUCUCAUUUAUUUUAUUUUUCUGAUUGUAGCCGCAGUCUGUCAUAAACCAUACAGUAUUUAAAUCCCUGUCACAAAGUGACAUUAAAGCUUCAGUUAGCUCUGUUUCUACAUGUUUCAUUGUUUUUUAUCAUUAGUCACAUUUUAUUGUGCACUUCAGUGUUAAACAUUCAAAUGUUGAAAAAUUAACCAAAUAAUUUGGCAUACCCUAUGCCUUUAAAUGUGUUAGUUUUAUAAUUAAGCAUAAUCAUUUCAGCCAUGGGAGAUAAUCAGAGAUAAUGUGACAGAAACAUUUAGAGUAAAAUGGUGGCCAUGUUUAAGUCAGAAAAGAGGACAAAGCUUAUAUUUGGUAUUGUUUUUCUUUACAUUGACAAAGAUUCAGAUUUUAAGGAUGCACUGGAAAUGCCUGUUAAGGUUUAUUAACUCAAAAACUGCUGUCUCCAAGGGCAGAUUUAUUAUGGACUUAAAUAAAAACAGUAUUUCAUUUUGUGUAUUUCUGCAUUUGAAAAUUUUAGUUACUAAAACACAGUAUCAGGCUGUUUUGUAUGAGUAAAAAUAAAAGCCACUUGCAUUUGAACUGGUUUUAUUAUCUUGGGUCAUGAACAGUUUGGUUUCACAUUGUUUGAAUCUAAACAGUAUUCACGUGAGUUCAUCAGUGCUCCUCUGGUGUGUGCAGAAGGAACCAGGUUUUGCACAUUCAGUGAUAUUUUGUAUAUGUGAAAAAUAACUAUUUUGCAAGUUUCAAAGACAUGGUGAGAAUUAUUCUUGUACUAUAUUUUGCUAUCUCAAAAGAAACAUUUUGGUAGAAUAUAAUUCAUGACAAUGAAUAUCAUUCCCUGCUGUUGUUAUAAUUUACAGAUGUGUUGUAGAUUUGAUAAGAAAAGAAUAGUGCCUAUUAAAUAGCCAAAAUAGAUUUGAGACAGACAUUGUAGCAUUGUACACUAUACUGUAACAUACAGUGCCUCAAUGAUUUUGUUUUUUAUCGUUCCUUCUGCUUUCUCUCAUUGAAUAAAAGAAAAAUUUGCUUA